CUGCAUGCUACCCGACUUUUUUCGUUUCCUUCUGUCUCCACUGAAGAAGGCCCAGUCAUCAUCGUCAAUGCUAGUCGAUACAGCUGUGACGCCUUGAUUAUCUUGAACGCCCAAUAUCCUGUCCAUGUUCCACUUGAUAUCACGCAGAGCGACGUCUCCGAAUUGUCCUUCAAGUUUCAGUCCCUUGCAGAGUAAUUCGGUUCUUCUGGUCAUCAACACAGGCUUGCCAGCAUCCUCCGCAAGCUUUGGAAUGAUAUUGUUGACCCAGUGGUCCAAGCCCUUGGGGAGUCCGUGGUUCACCCUGGCACGCGAAUCUGGUUGUGCUGAGUUUGCGCUGCUUUCUCUACAGCAGUACCCUACGUCUUACACUUCGACUUUGGCGACUCUCAUUCGUGCAAGACAGCGAGUUUCUCAAAAUGUGUCCCCGCAAAAUUUUGUAGGCAUUUGUCAAGGAAACCCGGACAGAAGAAAGGCACCCGACUGUGUCGUUCCAGGGCUAGCCAUCGUUGCUCAGCACAUCCCGUCCUUCACAUCGCUUUUGGAGAGCCAUGCGACAGUGCAGGGAGCAUUCAAAGCAUUGAGCCGGAAUCAAUGGCUUGACCUAGCCUGCCACCGAAUGCCGAUUCGACAACAACCAUUGAGUCUCCCUUUGCGAUACACGAUGGACCUUUCAUGUAAGGACACUAUCCGAUCUCACUGGCAGAAUCCAGAAGUUGCAUUCUGGUCGGCCUGCCACACUACCCGUAGGCGAUGAGAAGAGUCCUGAUGAGUCGAUACAUCUUGCUGCAGCUAUGCAAAUUCUACGGAUCUUGCAGUGUGAUUGGUUCCAUGGGGUCUGUUGACGAUGAGGUUUCACGGCAGAUCGUGUCUACUUUUUCACGGCAACCUGGUUCAAGUCCAUGGUUCAGAGAGAUUAGCUGCACACGGGCCAUUGCACAGGCUGUGCAGCAGGUUGUGUGUGUUGACAUAGGUGUGUAGUUAGUGUACUCUCUAUCACGUAUACUAGUGAUGAGGC